CAGUCCAGCCAUUGUCUUGCUGACAAGCCCAAGGUCACCUCAUUAAAUACCCAAAAAAAGUCCAGGCGCCAAAAGAUUUCGGUCAGCUUUUCUGUUUCUGUUUAUCUAACAACAAUAACGUUCCCUCGUUGAUUCGAUUAGUAUUAAGGCAAUCUCCGUCUUUAUCUCCACAAUUUCUAUCUGCAAAUUCUAACUCAUCUAUGUCUCACUGUUUUUAAUUAAUUGAUUAAUUUUCUUUAAUUCUAUACUUUCUAGGGUUAGGGUUUUUGUUCUUCCUCUGAUAUCAUCAUCAGCCAUGGGUGGAGACUGGCAUCAGUUUCUUCAGUCCAUUUUCUUAGGUCUCAUUUUCUCUUACCUUCUCGCCAAGCUUAUCUCUAUUGUCGUAUCUUUUAAAGACGAUAAUCUGACCAUAUCACGCGGUCAAACCAAAUCAACGGCUGAUUUGGCUUCUGGGAAUUUAAGCACAAUCCAGGAAACUGAGUCGGUGAUGGCUGAGCACGGAAGCGUUAGGAAUGAGAGUGUAGCUGGAAGUGGUACUGAUAAUGAUGAUGAUGAUGAUGAUGAUUGGGAGGGUGUUGAGAGUACGGAACUUGAUGAAAUGUUUAGUGCAGCGACGGCUUUUGUGGCUGCCGCUGCUGCUGAUCGGCUGUCGCAGAAGGUGUCGACGGAUGUUCAGUUGCAGCUUUAUGGGUUGUACAAGAUUGCUACUGAAGGACCUUGUAGUGCUCCUCCUCCUUCUGCUAUCAAAAUGACUGCUCGUGCUAAGUGGCAAGCAUGGCAGAAACUAGGUGCCCUGCCUCCAGAAGAUGCGAUGCAGAAGUACAUUGAUAUUGUUACGGAGUUGUAUCCUUCUUGGGCUUCUGGUUCAACCAUUAAAAGGAAAGGUGGAGGUGGUGAUUCACAAUCUACAGAUGCAAAAGGGCCUAUGGGUCCAGUUUUCAGCACUUAUGUCUAUGAGGAAGAAUCUGGAAAUGAGUUGCAAAUGGAAGCUAUUCAUGCCUUUGCAAGAGAAGGAGAUGUGAAAAACUUGCUCAAGUGUAUAGACACUGGUGUUUCUGUGAACUUGAAAGAUAGUGAGGGUCGGAGCCCUAUGCAUUGGGCUGUAGAUCGUGGCCAUCUUAAUGUAGUAGAAGUUCUUGUUGGAAGGAAUACUGACAUAAAUGCAAAGGACAAUGAAGGCCAGACCCCAUUGCAUUAUGCUGCUGUAUGUGAGCGAGGAGCUAUUGCUGAAUUUCUUGUAAAGCAAAAUGCUGACACCAAUAUCAAAGACAACGAUGGAAAGUCUGCUAAUGAUCUUUGUGAGUUGGAUUGGCCUUGCUUACGGCACACAUGAACAGAUUCUGACUGAUACUAUGUUCUGUAGCUUCUUCCAGCUUGACGAAAUUCCCAUGGAUGUAUAUGGAAAUGUAUAACCUUCCAUCUCUAUUUCAAUUAUAAAUUUAACUUUGGGACAAUGAUCUCUGCCAAAUCCCUUUCUUUUCGUUACAUAGUUAAUGUGAAGAGUGAUCUGAUCUAUCUUUGCCAAGAAAAAAAGAAGAUUAUAUGUGAAGAGUGAUUGAUCAGGGGGCACCUUGGUGCAGAAAUUAUUUGCCUUUUGCAGUAUUAUUUGAUUUAAAAAUUUUAUGUGCC